ACCAUUUCUCUUACGGGUGGUGGUUUUAUUAAGAGAAUGGUGGAAGUGGCACCACUUGAAUUCACUUAGAAAACUGUCAGUUAUUCUCCAUCAGUUUAGUCUUUUUCCCGUGCUUGAUCGAGAAUUGCGCUGCGUGAAUUACUUUAUUUUUGUUCAAAAUUAUCAUGAGGGGCUUAGUAAGUUUCGCGUGUGUAAUUAGUGUAUUACUUUUUGCAGUUUACGCAGCGCCCGCUUCCACUAGUCUUCAGGUAUCAGCAGCAAGUGGAGGUGGUUUAUUAGGGUCAGGAGGUCUGGCAGGAAUAUUAUCGAAUAUUGAUUUACCAGGACUUUUACAAGGAGUUAAUAGUUUUGUUAAACUAGUUGGGGCAUUUUGUCCUCCAUUAUCACAGGUGUUAGACAAUGUUAUCCAAAAUGUAACAAGUACAGCUUUCCGAGUAUUUGGUAGGGCAAUUCUAAGAAGCGGGGGUCUAGGUGGUGGAAGUAGUGGAUCGUUAGGUGGAGAUUCUGGACAAAGAGUAAAUGUUGUACUUCCCACCUUCCCCCCAGAUGAAGACUAUGAUGAUGAAGAAGAAGAUUCUACAAUAUCUAGUACCAUUGCAAGUUUAUCUUUGGAUGUAGAGGCUGUUACAUCAGAUGCGGUAACGCUUUACACUUCGUUAGCAGUUGAGAUUGACGAUUCAGCUAAUUCAAUAGCAAGACGGCACAUACGAGUUGUAAGGGAAGCUGAGGAUGAAAAUUCGGACCAAGAGAGCGCAGAGUCCGCUCCGGAACCAGAAAAUGAUUUAUCUGACAUAGACGAUCAGGACCGUAACAAACGGUACUCACCGGGAGGUAGUGAUCAUGGCGGUGCAGGAGCGGGCUCUGGCAAUUUCUUGUUCGAUAUUAUUAGGAAUACAGCGGACAGAGCUGCUAGGACAGUUGGAACAAUCUAUAGGAUGGUAGCGGGAACGGACAAUAAUGGUGGCGUAUGGAGACUAGCAUCACAAGCUGCAGAUACGACCAUGUCGUUGGCGACAGCAUCUUCGUCAGUUUCCUCAAAUAUUCUGCCAGUUACUGCUAAGUUAGUAGCUGGCUCAGGAGCAACUGAAGAAUCAGAUGAGCACGAAGUAGGCGCAGGGGGUAUCGCUGAAGUAGAUGUACAAAAGAGUGCUGAAGGUUACACGGAAGGAAUUCCCGGACCAAUAACCCGGUUAUUUGUUAUUGCCAAUAGGGGGCUAGCUAACUUAGUACAGGAUCUUAUCUUGCGUCUGGCCCAAACUAGCGAGAGAUUAGUCAACUUCAAGGCACGAUUGAUAACUGCCCUUAUCUAAGUCAUGUGCCAUAUUUUCGCAUGACAGCAUUUUAAGCAGUUUUUCUUUUGAAGAAAUCCACAUUUGGAUGCAACACGAUGUCAACUAGUAAAUUUGUAAAUUACUAAUUAUAUAAAUAUUUUUUUUAAAUUUUGUAUGUCUGUACAUAAUUUUUAUUAAGUUAAUUUUUGGUGUAAUUUGGUAGUAAAUUAUAUAACAAUGUUAAUAUUCAAUAUUUAAAAUAAAGAUAUAUUUAAAAAAUAUUAAUUGUAAAUUAUAUUUAUAAAUUGAUGCUUGUGAAUUUAAUUGAUGAAAACUUUCUUAUUUGUCCAUAUUUAUAAAUAUUUUAUUAUUUUUUUUACAUAUUUAGCUUUAUUUUGUAAAUAAUGAUAGAGAGUGAAAUUGUAGAUAUUUAAUACUGUAAUUAAAAGAAAAAUAAUAUGAAA